AAGGAGUAACAUGACACCGAAUAACAUUUUGAAUUUCUAGUUUUAUAUUGAUGUUUUACCAUUAACUUAUUUAUUCUAAAUUUUGGAUACCAAUACCCACGAAAAUGGCUAAAGAAGUUUCCAUGUGUACACAACUACAACAAUGGAGUCCCGUAAAAGAAACUCCAGGUUCUCCAAGUGUACCCCCACAAGUAGGGUACUGUUUCCACUCCCCAAAAAAACAUCCGUGGAGACCUAUCAUGGGCUACGAAGAGAUUGAAGUUACACCGAUGCCAUCCCAACCGAUUACAAAUACCAUGGUGGAUCCGUGCUAUACGCCAGCUGGGAUGGCAACAGAGCCUUUGCGGUUUCCUAACCUCGUCACAGGCUUCGACCGAAGCCCUGAACACGCAGCUCGAGCAGCGCUUUAUACUCGAUACACCCAGAACGAAUGGAAUCAAACCAGCAUAAAAAAUUAUAACGAGUCUGAUGCGAAGAGAAAUUUCUCAGAGCGUGUAAGAAAUGAUAUUAUGCGGAUGCUAAGAGAGACUGACGAAAUUGGAACACAGGGGCAACGAGACUCUGGUAGAAGAAUCGGCGAAAGGAUAACAGACACUACAUUUUGGCGCAACGAGGUUUCGAUAGAAAUGGAGCGGCUAGUGGCGACCUGUGAGAAGCUGAACGAUACGAGGAGGCAGCUCGAAAGAGCUAUCGCUGGAAUUGAGGGUCCUCUUCAUAUUGUACAAGAAUGUUUGUACCAUCGCGAGAAGAGACAAGGGAUGGAGCAAGUUCACGAUGCAGUGGAGCAGUCUCUUUUAAAGGAAGUAGCUACACUACGGGAAUGCCAGGACAAGUUCCGCAAUAUGCUCGAAAAGGUACGGCAACAGUCUAAGAACUGUCGCGCGACGCAGCACGAGCUGGAGACCGACCUUCGUAACAAAGAGUACGCCCUCGGCAUCGACUCCAUGUGCCACCAACUCAACAACUUUUCCAAGGGCCUGCAGUUCUACGCCGGCAUCGAGCGCUACGACCCCACGGUGUGCGACGGCGCGCGCUGGGCCGCCGCCAGCGCCGCCACGCUGCAGCGCUCGCAGUCCGAGCGCGCCAAGGCCGUGCAGAUGCUGUCCGACGCUGAGAACUUGAUCAACGUUUCGGCGACGGAGAUCUGGGAUCAGUGGAGUAACACGAACAGCGCCUUUACGCGUCGGAUCGCGGAGACCAUCGAGAUCAAGAACAAGUUACAGCUGCAUUUGCACAAAAUUCAACAAGAAAUGUUCGACGUGGAGAAGACGCUGGAGUUGCUGAACAAGGCCAUCGAGGACAAGCUGCAACCCAUGAAGGUGGCGCACACGCGGCUGCAGGCGCGCACCAACCGGCCGCACCUCGAGAAGUGCAGGGACGAGGCGCAGAACAGGCUGGUGCGCGAGGUGUGCGAGCUGCAGGCGGCCAUGGACGCGCUGCGCGGCAAGCUGCACACGGCGGAGGGCACGCACCAGACGCUGCUGGGCGUGCGCGCGGGGCUGGAGGCCGAGCUGCGCUACAAGAGCAGCACGCUGUUCAUCGACCGCGACCAGUGCAUGGGGCUGCGGCGCGGCUACCCCGUCACGGCCGCCGUCAAGGCCUAGGCGGCCGGCGCGCGGAGAUUAAAUUCGCAGUUCCAA